AUUGGACUAGCUUUUGGAAAUCGGGCGUCUGGCCCAUACAAGACACCUAUGAGGGUGUGCAUUGUGGCGGUGGAUGAAGAGCCGUCCACAUUCAGAGGGAAGGAUGGCACAGAGCGAAAGGUGUUGGCGUGUGCCGUCAGCGACGGCUGUAAAGUGGUUCGAGUGGUCUGCUAUGCGUCCAACCUGUUUGGACGACUCAAGGUUGGAUCAUCCAUAGCGAUGAGAGAAGUCAUCCGGAAGACCGAUGCACGACAACCGUAUAUCGUUAUGACAGAAAAGUCGAAGGUAUUUGCAACGGCUGCUGUAAGCCACCCAGCCAGCCACACGGACGAGGGGACCACCCUUCUCAACCCUCUGCCGGCAGCAGAUGUGCCAAUAGCAACGGCACUAUCAUCUCCAUCAAAACAGAAAAACAGCGUGGUGGGGAAGAUUGUUCAGGAGGAAGCACCCCGGACCAUUCGGGUCAAUGAUGAAGAGGUCACCAUCAAGGUGGUGAAGGUGGAAGACUCCACCUCCAACUGCAAUGUCACACUGUGGAGGGCCGCUGCCGCUGCAGAUGUGAGGCCAGGUGACUACAUCCGUGUCACAGACGUCAUAGUCAACCAUUACAAUGGUUCAACAAGCCUGUCCACUACUGCUAGAACGAAAAUUGAGAAAACUGAAGUGCCAGUGUCUGAACGCGAUGUGGUUGUUGUUGGCGCUUGUGUCGACGGUGCUACAGUCGAUCUCCUAUUGGAUGAUGACACUGAAGUGAAAGUGCCUGUGGUCAUGAUGCAGGGGUUAGUUGGGGACGAAGACAUUGAGGAGGCAUCUGCAGCAGGCUUGCAAGUGCACAUAACUUCGCAAGGGCCGGAUAUCGUGAGCCUGGAGCUGAUCGAGGAGGCCUUAAUGCUUGGGUGAAAGUUUUCAGACAUGCCUGAAGUUCAGGUUUUUUGAAAGGCAAUUUUUUUACUUUUCUUAAGUAAUUACUAUUGAAAGUACCGCCAUUUCAUACUUUUCUGGUUUUUCAAUAUUUUGUACUUUCACCCAUGUUAAUGUGAAAGCCUAACUUGUGCACUACUCGACUGACUCUGAAUGGCUAGUCAUUCUUUGUGCAAUUUCAUUGCUGAUCUCACUUACCUGUACAAUAGUUGAAAGGCAUAAUGUUUUGUUUUUUCUGUUCUUGUCAUAUUUGUUCAGUUGACCACUCAAUUUCUACUAAAAACAUCUUGAAAAAAAGGAACAUAUUCAAUUUAUUUCAAUUACUGGUCAAUAUAUGCAAGCAAGUUGUGUUUUAAGAUAAACUGAAUAUUUAAUCAUUGUUUGAAAUCCAUGUCAGCCUCGAUAUCAGAAUUCACUCUUUGGUAAUCUUUGCAAGUCAUACCUUCCCUAAGGUUUUACCACUUUAUCUCAUCAUCAUUUAUAAAAGUUACAUUGUGGAAAGUUGCAUGUAAAAUUACAUGGUGGAAAGUUGCAUAUAUGCAAUAAACAAGAUAGGAAAAUGACACUUCAAUAUAUAUUUUUACUUUAUUAAAUGUUCUUGCUAAAUGUUCUUGCAAGAACCGUCACACUAGCUCAAUGAAAAUACACAUGUAGUGUUAGUUCAUUAUUUUGCUCAGGCAAUUGUUUUAUUUGUUUCAACCUUUGAAGGUGGUCUGGUGCUGUUUUCAAUUUGCUGGUAAUUAGGCCAAAAAAAUUGUUUGUUUCUGGUAACAUUGCAAAAACUAAAUAGGUAUGGGGGUAUUUUUAACUUUUUUUUUUAUUGAUUGAUUUUACACAAACAAUCUCAUUUUUAGGCAUUUUUUCCUCCAAAAAAGUCAAUAAAAAGAUAAGGGGAGGGGUAAAAAAAUUAUGCGGGGGAGGGUUACCAGAAACAAACAGCUUUUUUUACACCUUACAUGUAGUAAACAAUUUUCCCUGGUAGGCAUCAGUGAUGUCGCACGAUAGUAGUAAGUUAGUCCAAUAUUUAUAUUGCAUGAAAGUGUUUUUGCUAUGAUUUUAUUUUGGAUUCUUUAGAAGAUGAUG